GAGAAUGGAUCCUCUCUCUCUACCUAAGCUUAAGCAGCACAAUUCAUUGUCCAACAUCAUCGCCAUUUUCCUCUCAACAAUGGCGAUGCUCUCCAAAAACCUGCAUUCAACUUCAACCCCUCUUCAACUUCUACUUGUCUUACUCUCCCUUCAACGUUUGUUUAUGUUCCAACAAUGGAAUUGGAACCCCAUUUUCCACCUCCUCUUACUGUCUUGUUUCUUUCUUGUUUAUAUGCUAAGAGUUGGAGCCUUGGCCUUCAAGCCCCCUUCAGUGUACCUUGUAGACUUCUCUUGUUUCAAACCACCAAGCACUUGCCAACUCCCUCUCUCUCGCUUCAUACAACAUGCUUCCUCCAUUAUAUCUUUUGACAGUCAAAGUGUAGAAUUCAUGGCCAAAAUAGUAGCUUCUUCGGGUUUAAGCGAACAAACUUAUCUUCCUCCAGCCUUACUUAGCUCCCCUCCCAAAACCCAUCAACGGGAAUACAUUAAAGAAGCCGAAAUGAUUCUGCUCCCACUAAUGGAUGAUCUUUUAACCAAAGCCAAACUCUCUCCUCGAGAUAUUGAUAUACUUGUUGUUCACUGUAGUGCCUUUUGCCCCUCACCUUCUUUGUCUUCCAUCAUCGUCAACAAAUACUCCAUGAGAAGUGAUGUGAAGAGCUUUAACCUUUCUGGUAUGGGGUGCAGUGCAGGAGCUAUUGGCAUUGACUUGGCUCAAAAUCUUCUCAAAACUAAUAACAAUUGCUACGCCAUUGUUAUUAGCACCGAAAUCUUGUCUGCCGGUUGGUAUUCAGGUCAUGAGAGGUCUAAGUUGCUCAUUAACUGUCUCUUCAGGAUGGGCAGUGCAGCUCUGUUGCUCACCAACAGAAAAGAAGCAAGUAAAACAUCUAAAUACAGGCUCAUACGGACACUGAGAACCCAAACAGCCUUUGAUGACAAGGCUUAUUUGACGGCUAUCCGUGAAGAAGACGAUGAUGGAAAACUUGGGGUUACCAUAAACAAAGGUUUACUGCCAGCAGCAGGAGAAAUUCUGAGGUCACACAUGACGAUUCUUGGUUUGAAAAUCUUACCUUUAACGGAAAAGCUCAAGCAUAUCGUCUCAGUAAUUCGAAAGAAAUUCAAAGAUAAACAAGGGGAAAUAUACAUGCCAGGCUUUAAGACAGCGAUACAGCAUUUCUGUCUGCCAACCUCUGGAAGGGCACUAAUAGGAGAGAUAGCCAAAGGGUUAAAGCUUGAUGGGAGAGAUGUUGAAGCUUCUUUAAUGACACUGCAUAGAUUCGGGAACCAGUCGUCUUCUUCAAUGUGGUACGAGUUGGCUUACAUGGAGGCCAAGGAACGUGUAAAGAAAGGUGACAAGGUGUUGAUGCUUGGGAUGGGUACUGGACCUAAGUGUUGCAGCUGUGUUUGGGAGUGUGUGAGACCAAUAGCUGGGGACUCAAACAAGAACAACCCAUGGCGUGAUUGUAUUCACCUCUACCCCGUUGAAGCCGUUUCUUCAGUCUCUCAAACCUGAUUAAAUUUUCAAUUCCCAAGUUGAUUUAUUGACUCAUCAAACAAGAAAAGAAAAACCAUGUAAAAUAAGCUAUAUGAUCCAAAUAACAAGAAUAUGAAUAACAAUAGCUCCAAGGAUAUUAAUAUAUAUAUAAAUGGAAAUCGUGAUUUAUGGUUUA